AUGGAAAAUCAUAAUCAAUCCUGCACGGCUGUUCCACAAACAGCUCCUGGGCCAAGUGUAUGCAUGGGAGUUGCCCAUUUUGGUGAUGAUGAUGAAAGAGUUGAGGGGUGCAGUAGUUCUGAUGAUAACUCAGAGGAUCGGUUUUCGAUGCUACAUGUGGUUCAAGUAGAUAAUUUAAAUGUACGACCAUUGCCAAGACGUCAAGAAAGCCAAGGACGGAGGACUGCUAGCUCAGAAAGCAGUCGUCCAACUACACAAGCUUAUGGAAAUAGAUGGAGUUCUCCAGCGUAUACUGUUGAAGAUAUCCCAUGCCCCUCUUAUGUUAUCCCCACAUUAUUUGGGGUGAGUUGUGGAGUAAUAGAAGUUGGGAAGCUUUUUGAGAACAAGUUAGAGUUGAAGACGAAAGCACACUUGUAUGCAAUGAAGCAGAACUUCGAGUUUGUGGUGAAGAAGUCAGACCGGAUCGAAUGCGUACAUGGAAACAACAUAAGAGAUGACAUUAAGAAUGACUAUGGCAUUGAGUUGUCAUAUGGAAAAGCUUGGAGAUGCCGAGAGAAUGCUCUUUCUUAUGUCAGAGGGACACUGGAAGCAUCCUACCAGAAGUUACCAUCAUACCUGUUCACGCUUCAACAGAAAAAUCCCGGGACGUUGACAGAUUUUGUCACUGAGGAAGAUCGAUUCAAAUAUUGCUUUUUCUCACUCGGAGUUAGUAGAAGAGGGUUUCGUACAUGUCGUCCUGUGUUAUGUGUGGACGACACUUUUUUAAAGACAAAAUACGGUGGGCAGAUGUUAUAUGCAGUCACGCUGGAUGCAAAUAACCAUCUAUAUCCAGUUGCAUUUGGUAUUGUGGAUAGUGAAAAUCAUGAUUCUUGGAAGUAUUUCAUGUCAAAACUAAAGGAAGCGAUUGGGGAAGUCGAGGACUUGGCGUUUGUAUCUGAUAGGCAUGCAAGUAUUACACAUGCCUUGGAAACUAUUUUCCCUGCUGCCUAUCACUGUGCUUGCUACCACCACAUUAGUAUGAAUGUGGUUGCUAAAUUCAAGACUGGUCAUUGUCAUGUGUUGAUGUAUAAUGCGGCAUAUGCUUUUAGGAAAUCUGAGUUCCACGCUAACUUCGAAAAAAUCAAAUCAAAAGACCCAGCCAUUGCUCAAUACCUAGAAGGCAUGGAUUUUGAUAAGUGGUCCCGUGCUUACUUUCCUGGAAAUAGGUAUAAUAAAAUGACAAGCAAUUACGCUGAAAGUUUCAACAAUAAGACCUGGGACGCUAGGAGCUUUCCGAUAACUACAUUCGUCGAAUUUAUUCGCUUCACACUGCAGUCCUGGUUCUGGAGGCAUGAGUUCCAUGUGUUAGAUGGUGAGCUGAAUGGUGAAGUCGACCUCCUGAAUAAGACAUGCACAUGUGGCGUGUUUCAGAUUAUUGGUAUCCCAUGUGCUCAUGCACUAUCUGGAUCCCUUAAGCGAGGGGUGAACUUUUAUUCGUUGUGUUCAAAUUACUAUAAAAUUGAGACAUGGAGGUCCUCUUACACAGAAUCUAUAUAUCCUACUGGUAACGAGGAAGAGUGGAUUGUUCCACAUGACAUUAAGACAAUAAAAGUGAGAACACCUGCACAGAAAAACUCGAUUGGUCGUUCAAAGAAGAAACAAGGUAGGCUUAAGAUGAAACGCCAUCCUUCCAAUGGUAGGGCAACUUGUAAAGUUCGUGUUUGA